AUAAGUAUGUGGCGUUCUUAUUAAAGAAAUCAUAGCUACAUUAUACUUUGUAAAUCGCAGUUAGUAUAUCGGUGUAUGCCGACUACUCCAGCUGCCGCCGCUGCACCAGCCUCCAGAUCCUGCGUGCUGCUGUCCGUAGUUCUGCCGGUCAGCCGAGUGCGCCGAGCCUCGCUGUCACCGAUCACCGCGCCACCGCGGUGUCCGCAUCGGGAUCAGCUGACUGGCCGUUUUGUUCUUUUAGCAAUAGUCUGCGCGGUUUGGCUUUGUUUAUUUCGCUUUACUUGGCACGUUAUUCGCUCGUACGUAUUUUUAAUUUAUCUUGAUUUUAACAAUGGCCGAAGACUUAAGGCACUGGUCCGUGCUCGUAGUACCAUAAAAUCGAGAAUUACUAUAUUCACCAAACAUUUUAAUAAUGUCAAAACGAAUGACUAUAAAACUAUUACUGAAAUACAAAUUGAUGAACUUCAAUUUAAACUAGAUCGGUUCCAAUCAUUAAUGUCGCAAUUUGAUGAAAUUCAAGGAAAGAUCGAAAUGUUGUCUUCUGAUUCUGAAGAACAGAUAAAUGAAAGGGAUGUUAUGGAAGAUAAUUUUGGUUCAUUAAUCUGUCAAGUGAAAAAAUAUAUUGAAGGGUUUCAUAACUUUCAUAAUAAUGGCGAAAAUGAUUUGGUAGUUAAUUCACAUUCAUCCAAACACUCCAAAUCAUUUAAUAUCAAAUUGCCGACUAUAGAUUUGCCUCACUUUGAUGGAAAUUCAUUAAAAUGGUUAGAAUUUCGCGAUACGUUUAAUUCAUUAGUAAAUGAAAAUGACCAAAUUCCGGAGAUUAAUAAGUUUCAUUAUUUACGUUCCUCGCUAAGAGAUGACGCUAUUGUCGUCAUAAACUCAAUUGCUUUUACGGCUGCAAAUAAUAAAUUAGCAUGGGAGAUGCUUUGUAAUAGGUACGAUAAUACUAGGCUGUUAGUGAAUAAUCACUUGAAAUCAUUAUUUUCCUUUCAACCUCUUACUAAGGAAUCUCACCAAUCAUUACGUUAUAUGAUUGAUUAUUUUACCAAAAAUUUACGAUCACUUAAUGUUUUAAAUGAACCGACCGAUUCUUGGGAUACAUUAAUUAUAUUUAUGAUGACGACCAAACUAGAUGGCGUCACUAGUUGUAAAUGGGAGGAAUAUAGAAGUUCUUUACCGGACUCUCUCUGCCUGGACGAUUUUUAUAUAUUUCUUCGUAAUCGAGCUGAUAUUUUAGAAACACUACAAUUUAACAAAUCUGAUAAUUUUAAAUACGAAAAAGGUUCUCAUAGAUAUGAUCCAAAAGUAACAAGAUCCUUUGUAAUAACCAAUAAACGCACAAAUAAUAAAUCUUGUGUUGUUUGCAAAGGGAAUCAUUUAUUACAUAAUUGCGAUCAGUUUAGAAACAUGAGAGUGGAAACUCGGUUGAGUGAAGUUGCCAGACUUAAUCUUUGCGCCAACUGUCUGCGACCGGGCCAUCGUCCCUCUCGAUGCUUUCGUCAAUGCUGUCGUCUAUGUAACAUAAAACACAAUACGUUUUUGCAUAUGGAAGAGGUAGGUAAUACUAAAUUAAUUAAAGAUAAUGUUCUAUCUCAUUCUCCAGGCAAAGACAGUGAACUACCUCACUCACCCGGCAGCGUUCACGGCGACGAUAAUAAUACCGAAGUUUCGUUGUCCGCCGUGAUGCCCGGCCCAGUGUUAUUAUGUACUGCGCAAGUCGACGUUUUAGACCCAAUCUCGAAUAAAUAUUUUUCUGUUAAGGCGCUUUUAGAUAAUGGCAGCCAGUCGUCGUUGAAGGACGAGCAACCACCGAUGAAGUGGAUACUGGGACGUAUUCACGCACUGCACAAUGGACCAGACGGAAUAUGCCGAGUCGUUGAUGUAACAACAUCCAAGGGCGUCAUCAAGAGAGCCCUGAACAGGGUCUGCUAUCUGCCUACAAAGGAUUCCUAUUAGCUUCUUG